CGACGCACCCUCGUCGCCACACACACAAGUCGCUCCUACAUCCCCAUUUCCUCCCCACCCAGACGUGGCGGCGACGGCCUCACCGCGGGCGCAUCCCCUUGCCCGCACCACCUGAUUGAGAUGAUAGCAGCCAAGUUCGCCGGGCCGCCGAAGCCCCUUCGCCUGCUCACCGGAUCUGGUCGCUCCCGUCUCCUCCUCCUGCUGCUUUCCCCACACGCACGGACACGCUCCCUCCUCCUCCGCCCACGCAUGCAGGAACCAGCCAGCCAGGUUCAGCACCAGGUUCAGCACCCACCGACAGCCCCCAAAUCCCCUCCCUCCGGCCCUUUGAUUCCCGCGCGCCCCGGUGCUGAUCCUCGCCGUCGCCGGCGAUGGAGGUGGAGGACCUUCUCCACGGCGUCCGCAUCGCGCCACCGUGGAGCUCGCCGCGGGGAGUCAAGGAGGAGAUGGUGGUCUCCGUCCCGGAGCUGCGGCCGUCGGCGACCUCCUGGACAACCUCCCCGAUCUGCGGCUGCCGGCGUCCGGCGACGUCCCCGACCUACUGCUCCGUCCCGCUGCCAUCCCCCCAACUUAGCACCUGUUCGGUGAGACACACGUUUUCUGGAACACAUGUUGGGGGAGAGAUUGAGCGGAUCGCUGGCGGGUCGGCGAUCUUGCCGGCACCAAGAUCAGCGGCGCUGUGCCAUCCUGCUCAAGCCUGCCCGUCGCCCGCGCCAAGAGCCGAGAGAGCCACGCGAGCCAAGAGACUAUUGUUGGUUGUCGUCAUCAUGCUGUUCCUGACAUAUAUGGAGGACUCUUCCUCCUGGUUAUUUGGAGGUCGGGGAGUCUGCAGCGGAGGGAGCCUCCAGGGAAACUUUGAAAGAAGCUUGUGCAGAUGCGACCCUUGGUCCGGCGAUUGCGACCGCUAGCAGUCACCUGCUCACGCGCAUCGUAGCUGGGAGCUGGGUCGGUUCAUGGGCCGUCGCGGUUCAGUCUAGCCGACGCCUACCGCAUCUGCACCAAGAUGCUGAAGGCCACCAGGAGGACACCGUCGAGCCCGGCCUGGCUGCUUGCUGCUUCCCCCAACCUAGCGGCAAGCUGCAGAGGAUCAUGAUGAGCUGCCGAGGACUGGGACAUGAGCAUGGCGAGGAUGCGGAGCUCUUCACGAGUGACGGUGGCGCAGCGAUCGACCUAGGAGCGCAAAGAGGGGUUCUGACGAUCUACCUGAGUUUUGGGCGUGACUGACGUGGCCAGAAUUUUGAAUCUUGAAACUAGCUAAAUUUGUAACGGAUAGAAUAUAUAUGAGUUUAUUUGUAAUUUGUAAAAUCUUUUUUUUUUGUUUCUUAAAUUCAUUACUGCCGGCGCUUUGCCUUGGUUGCCAGCGGUAACUGAUUUUUUUUAGUUCUUUAAAUAUCUACUGUCGGCGCAUACAAAUAUGAAUCAUGU